AUUUGCCAAAAAGACAAGCCAAAAAUGAGCGUGAAAGAUAUUUACUAUUCGGAUAAAUAUUACGACGACGAUUAUGAGUACAGACAUGUAGUGCUACCUAAGGAUAUCGCGAAAUUGGUACCCAAAACACACCUCAUGUCCGAGAACGAAUGGCGAGCGAUCGGUGUACAGCAAUCGCGCGGCUGGGUCCACUAUAUGAUCCACCAACCCGAACCUCAUAUUCUUCUGUUUCGAAGGCCCAUCACGAAAGCAUAAAC